GUGAAGCUCGUUUUUCACAGCAGGAACGAGGAGGGACAGCGGGAUACAGGCUCUGAGGGGACAGCAGGGCUGGGAGGGAAGCUGGGCCUGCUGAGGGUUUAAAAGUGCUCUGUGAGGGGAUGGCAGUGGAGCUCAGAGCUGUGGCAUGGGGAGGAACAUAAACUUUGCAGAAGGAUGAGGAGAUGACGGUGUGAAACCAGCCCUGCUGGUGCCAGGGGUGAUGGCUGGGAGCCGCUGAGGGGAGGGGAAAGGAGAGGCCGGGACGGCGAGGCCCCGGCCCUGAGGGACCGCCCGCCAUGUUGUUUGGCGUCUCCAUAGCAACCGCCGCGCCUCCGCCGCCAUCUUGUUUACCGUCACCACGGCAACGCGCCCGCCAUCUUGUUCGGCGUCCCCACAGCAGCGCUCCCGGCCGGGCCGAGCCGGGGCCAUGGCGGGCGCGGGGCGGCUGCACGACCUGGACCUCAGCGCCGAGGAGGCGGAGCGGCUCCAGCGCGCCUUUCGCGACGAGCGGUUCCGCGCUCUGUUCGCGGAGUACGCGGCCGAGCUCACCGACCCCGAGCAGCGCCGGCUGUACGAGGAGGAGGUGGCGGCGCUGGAGCGGGAGCGCGGCGUGGAGGUGCGCUUCGUGCACCCGACGCCGGGCUUCGUGCUGCGGACCAGCCAGGAGGGCUCCCGCCGCUGCUACAUCAAUGUCUGCAGCAACCCGCUGAUGGGGGAGCCGCGGGCCCGCGCCGAGCGCGGCGGGCAGCGCUGGGAGCUGCCCUACAGCCUGGCCCCGGGCCGCGAGGAGCUGCGCCCCGCCGGCCGCCGCCGCCUCCUGUACGACGUGGUGUUCCACCCCGCGGCGCUGCGCCUGGCCGCCCGCAGCGCCCGCUUCCGCCGCCUGCUCCGCGACACGGCGCUGGAGGCCGUGGAGAGCCACUGCGGGGUGCAGCUGGACCGCAACAACGCCACCGUCCUGCGAGGAGUCUCCUACAAGGGCGUCCCGCAGGCGCCCGUCAUCCGCUCCCCGCUGCCCGGCGGCGCCCCGAAGCCGCCCGACGACGGCGAGUCCCCGCUGCCGCCCUUCCCCUUCCCGCCCGCCGCUGCCCCGCCGCCCGCCGCCGCCCGAGGCUCCUCGCCCGCCGCGCCCCCGCCGCCCUCCGGCCCCACCACGCCGCGCUGGAGCAUCCGCCACCGCUCCUACGUGGAGCUGCAGGACUACCGGCACUGCCGCGACUCCGCGCCCAGCCCGGUGCCGCGGGAGCUGGUGGUGACGGUGGAGCUGCCGCUGCUGCGCUCCGCCGAGCAGGCGGAGCUGGAGAUCCGCGGGCGGGAGCUGCGGCUGGACUCGCAGUGUCCCGCCUACCGCCUGCGCCUCCGCCUCCCCUACGACGUGGACGAGAGCGGCGGCCGGGCCGCCUUCCACCGGGCCCAGCGGCAGCUGCAGGUCACGCUGCCCGUCGUGCUGCCGCCCGGCCCGCGGGAACCGCCGGCCCCGGCCGGGGGGCGGCUGGAGGGGACCGAGCCCGAGGGGCCGGCAGAGGCAGGGCCGGCAGAGGCGGGCGGCGGAGCGGCUCCGCCCCCGGAACUCGGGCCUGGCGGCGCAGCCCGGGGCACGUGUGGCGGCGGGGACCCCCGUGAUCCGCUCGCCGAACCCCCGGCUGGCCCACCUUGUGAUCCUCCCGCUGGUCCGUCUGCCGAGCCCCGCGCUGAACCACCCGCUGAACUGCCCCUAGAACCACUCUGGGACCCACCCGCUGAACCCUCGGGGGAACCUCCCGUUGAUCCAACCUCUGAAGCCUUUGCUGACUCCUCUGCUGAACCCCCCGCUGAACCUGCCCCUGAUCCAGCCUCUGAACCCGCCACUGAUCCAACCUCUGAAUCCCCUGCUGAACCUGCCCCUGAUCCAACCUCUGAACCCCUGGCUGAACCUGCCCCUGAUCCAACCUCUGAAUCCGCUGCUGAACCUGCCCCUGAUCCAGCCUCUGAACCCGCCACUGAUCCAACCUCUGAAACUAGUCCAGAUCCAACCUCUGAACCCCUGGCUGAACCUGCCCCUGAUCCAACCUCUGAACCUGCCACUGAUCCAACCUCUGAACCCGCCAGUGAUCCAACCUCUGAACCCUUUGCUGACUCCCCUGCUGAACACCCCGCUGAACCUGCCGCUGAUCCAACCUCUGAACCUGCCCCUGAUCCAGCCUCUGAACCUGCCGCUGAUCCAACCUCUGAACCUAGUCCAGAUCCAACCUCUGAACCCCUCGCUGAACCUGCCCCUGAUCCAGCCUCUGAAUCCCCCGCUGAACCUGCCCCUGAUCCAGCCUCUGAAUCCCCCGCUGAACCCUCCACUGACCCCCGGUCUGAGCCCUUCACCGAGGCCGCCGCUGAUCCCCCCGCCGACCCCCCCAGCGAGCCCCCGGCCCUGCCCUGCUCCGGUGCCGCUUCCCCCAUCGCCAGCCCCGAGCCAGCCAUGCCCACCGGGGACACCCCCCCACAGCCCUCCGAGGGCCACCCCAGCGAGAUGGCCACGUGCCCUCCCUUCCGUGCCCGGCAGGACGAGGUGUCCGUCACGCUGCUCCUGCUGGUGCCCGGCAUCCAGCCGCAGAGCCUCCGCGGGGAUGUGGGCACGCACCACUACAGCCUCCGCUUCCGCACCCACGGCGCUGCCUUCGCCCUGUUCGUGCGCUUCCCUCCCGCCGCCGCGCUGCUGCGCCCCGAGAGCAGCGUCAGCGUCUCUGCCCACAACGCCGUGGUGGGGCUGGCCAAGGCCCCCGGCAGCACCGGGCUCUGGGACAGCUUCAGCUUCGGUCUGGAGCCCUCCGCUCUGCAGGAGAGAUGGUUUGUCAGCGAGGAGAGCCUUGAUGGAUUUCUAGGCACUGCUUCCUGCCCUUCCCCUUGCUCCCAGUCAGCCCUGGAAAGCCAGGCAUUAAUGGAAGUGCUGGAUGUUACUGAGGACAGAAUUCAAAUCAGGCUGGAGCCACAGGAACGUGAUGGACAAGGAGCACUUGGCAGCUCAGGGGGAGCCCUGGCUGGAAAGACCGACAGCAGCUACCCCGAAAGAAAGGCAGAAACAAAGUGUCCUGCAGCCGGGGGAGGUGCUGCGGGAUCCAGGCCGGCUCCCAGCGCUGGAACAAAGGCAGCAGCAGGCUGUGCUUCAUCCCACUGUGGGCAGCCUGAACCUCCUGCCUCCCGCUCAGCCACUCCCGGCGGAUCUGCGAGAACCGAGCCCGAUUUAGAAAGUGCUGCAGCAGCAGGAGACACAGCCCCGGCCCCGGGAGCAGCGGGAGGGCUGCAGGGGGGUGGGGACAGGGAUGGGGAUGGGGACAGGGAUGGGUCCCCCAUCCUGCGGGAGGUGAACCCCGAGGACGGCAGCGAGCGCAUCCUCCGCGCCCACCGCACGCACUGCCCCCUGCACUUCCACAGCUCCCUGCUCUACGAGCUGGACUAAUGUCAUUGUUUCACCGUUUCCUUCCUUGUUGGAUGCUUGUUCUGACUUCCAUAUGGAUGUUCGGACUUCCAUGGAGGCCGCGGGUUCCCACUGACACUGGUGCAACACCGAAACUUUCUGUUGUUAAAGUUUAACAAUUCCCGUAUCUGUUGCAAUCAUUUUACUUAUAAGAAAAGUUGCCGUUGGAGGUGAUUCUGAGCUCCUGGAAAAAAAAAAUGUAUCUUUGUUGUUUACAUAAAUUUUUUAUUCUCUU